AUGGUCAACCUUCAGGACCUCCCACUUGAGCUCCUGCAGGGCAUUCUGUCUUUCAUUGCCAACAACAAUGACAUAGACAUAGACGAGGAGUUUUUCUCGCGGGAAUUCCGCGACUUAGCUCAACCUCUUCUCUUCCGCAACUUUACGGAUGAUGUGAAUACCGAUCGCAACAAAACCAUCCGUUUCACCAAGGCAAUCUAUGAACGUCCUGGCCUUGGAGAGCAUGUGCGCCACGUCACCAUCAAGCCUCUCCCAAUUAAAUAUACAGGUAAGGGUAUCGCCAAGGAACACAUCAAGUUCUACGAAGGCAUCAUCAAGGACCUUCAAUUGGGCGAUAUGGAGAAAGAGUGGCUUAUCUCCAUGCGCAACGACGGAGUGAACGGGCUUGGUCUCCUCAUAGCUUUGUUGGUCACCAAAACGCCCAAUCUUCGUCACCUGCAUAUGCCGGACGGCCAAUCCCGCGACAGGCCAUUUCUAUAUUUCUUCAGUCGACAUCCGUCGUUUUUGUCCAACCUCACGUCUGUAUCCAUUGAGGGCGACUACAAGGACACCGCGGUUAUUAUUCCGGAUCACGAACAGCUUCUGUCCCUUCCCAAGCUCAAAUCAGUGGUCAUUGAGAGCGGUCACUUGGAUCACUCAUUCCCGUCUAGCUGGACGACUGGAACAUUGUCGGCGGACGAAUUUUCCUUCCAAGGAUGCCAUUUUGUGCCGGAGGCCCUCAAGAAAUUUAUGCGGGCGUGCAAAAGCUUGAAAUCCUUCACGUACACCAAAUUCGACGUGAUUCCAUCUCAGCGACCGUUCGGGGACCUACUCGAAACCCAUCCUGAAUUCAACGCUGCGCAGGCCACCGAAGAGGCUCUUCAGCACAAGGAUACCCUCGAGGUCUUCUCCGUUGAGUUAGCCACUGAUAGAGAGGGGUACGUGGACGUCAAGAAUUACAAUUCUACCCGCGUCAACUAUGGCUCGUUCGCCGACUUCUCCGUGCUCAAGAAGAUUUGCGUCUCCCACGCCUAUCUUCCAGCACAUCCUCAAUUGCCGGCAACGCUAGAAAAACUACACAUCUCUAGCUGUCAUUCUUCCACUUGGGAAAUGGCCCGGAACAUCUCGACAGACUGCAAAAAGGGACUGUAUCCGCAGUUGACCGAGGUGAAAGUCUCCGCACUGGAUACCACUGCGCCGUUUAAACUUCCCUGGCAUGAAAUCCCAGAGGGCCAUACCCCAGAGCAAUGUUUGCUGUCUCUCCAGGAUAUGUUCAAGGGAACAAAGGUGGAGUUCGAUAUCUUGCCAUACAAAUUGCCACCACCCUGGGAUGAAGACGAAGAAGACACAGAAGACGAAGUCCUCGACUUUGAUAUUUACGAUGGUGAUGACUUUGGGUAUGAUAAUGAUUAUAAUGAUUAUGACUACGGUGAUAAUUAUGAUAAUCAUUUCCCGUUGGGUCUGUAG